GCACACGCACAUCGCCGCAGUCGUCGCCGGUCCGUCAGCUCGCGCACAACACACACACACACACGCACACACACACUUAUAUUUAUUCUAAUAAUUAUUUCAUAUUUUUUGUAUAAAGACACACGACUACCGCACUAUGAAAUACCUGAAGUUGAGUUCUGGCGGCAACAUGCCGAUGGUCGGCUAUGGCACGUGGCAGGCCGUAGACGAUGUUUUGGAAUCGGCCUUAAACGAAGCACUGAAGAGUGGGUACAGGCACAUCGACACGGCCACGGCUUACCAUAACGAACACGUCAUAGGAAAAGUUUUGAACGAAUGGAUAACGUCCGGCAAAGUGACUAGAGACGAAUUGUUUAUUGUCACCAAGCUCCCCCCUUACAAGAAUCGGCCAGAGGACCUGGAAGAGUGUUUAAAAAAAUCACUUGAAGACUUACAACUGGACUAUGUUGACAUGUACUUGAUUCAUACUCCGUUCAGCGUGUUCGAAGAAGAAACUUCCGUCCUGAGCGAAAUGAAGAUUGAUCCCAGCACGGAUCACUUAGCGAUUUGGGAGAUGAUGGAGAAACAGGUGGCUUGCGGCCGAGCAAAAGCGAUCGGCUUGUCGAACUUCAACAUUAAACAGAUACAGAAGGUGCUGGACAACUGCAAGAUCAAGCCCGAUAAUUUACAAGUGGAAAAUCACCUGUACCUCCAACAACCCGAGCUUGUAGAAUUUUGCAAGAGCAACGGGAUCGUUGUGACCGCAUACUCGUGUUUGGGCGCGAGAGGCGGCCGAGAAGUCAUGGGGUUGAAUUGGACCAAAGAUUUGCCGGAAAUGAUGGAAAACGACGUAGUGUUGAGAAUCGCAGAAAAACACGGAAAGACUGCGGCCCAAGUUUUGUUGCGGUUUAUUGUCCAAAAAGGCAUCGUAGUCAUACCAAAAAGUACGAAUCCACAACGGUUGGCGUUAAACAUACAGAUUUUCGAUUUUGAAUUGGACGAACAAGACAUGAAGGCACUGAUURGCCAGGACGCCGGAGAAGGAGGCCGCAUCAUACGGCUAUUGUUCUUUACUGGUAUUACGGAUCAUCCAGAAUAUCCUUUCGAAAAUAUUGCUUAAGCUCGAAUUUAAUUCUACGACAAAUACUAUAGUCCGCUAUUACACACGAACGAACGAAAUUCAAACAAUAUAAAAUGGCAUUCGACGAAAUCUGAUUUAAAUAAAAUAUUUAUUUUGCGCCUAUACUUCAUAAUAUACCGUUGAGAUCCACGUCAAUCGAUUCACAUUAAUAUUUACUUGCUAAGCUGUUCUACAGUUACUGUAACACUGCAAAGAUUCCGUCAUCUGGGCGUAUUAUAUGAAAUAGUCGAUUAGCUGCAUACGAGUGCACGUGUGUUCCUAUUUAUAAAUAUUUAUUUUGUUUAAAAAAAAAAACUGUGUUAUUAUUUACAAAUUAUUAUUGAUAUUAUACCGUACGAAUAAAUAUGCAUACACCAAUA